AUGUCUCGUAUCCUCCUUCCAACCGAUCCGUUGCGACUGGUCUCAACCAAUUCCCCCUCUAGAAAUACUCCUCUGCGGACUUCUUCGCCAGCACCUACCAGCCCUUCUCCGUGGGCCCUUUCUCGAUUGGCUGCUGCAUCGCCCCGCGGUAGAAGUGGGACACCACCCUCGCUGUUUAAUUUUAAGUCUCCCGUGCGCAGUCCCAUCUGCUCGCCGGCCAACCGAGGCUUCCGUGUGGGCAGCAGCACCUCAACGCACUCUCGACUCGGAUUCCUUCCCAGGGUUACUGACCUCACGAUGGAGCCAACCUCCAUGAUGGAACGGGCACUGCGCAUUCUGGAGUCGAAGAAACGUCCCCUCAACGCCCUGUCGGACGAGACCGAGAACCUGCCCCUACCCGCAGAUGGUUUGGCCACCUCGAAGCGACGCUGUGCUAGCACGAGUACAAGCACAGUCCAACAGAAUAACAGUCACCAGACUGGACUUCCUGACGUGGCUAAUCUGGGCGUAAAUGGGACACCGGAAUACUUUAAGUGCACGUCACUUGUCGAUAUGAAGCGAGCUAGUCGACGCUCCUCAGGCAGUAAUUCUGAUCUGACCUCAGAACCGGGACCCCCCGACGUCGUCGUGUCAACCCGACGCAACAGACCCAUCGUUAAGCCUCUGUCCUCUUCAAUCCUACCCAACCGGGUCUCUUGCCUGCCCUCUGCCGAACUGGAAGCUCUGGCUUUUGGCUCUAGAAAAAGGCCCAGAGCUGAGUCUCCGCACAACUCCACCACUAGUGCUGCUACUGAACUUUUGGAUAGCAUCCUCGGCACCAAUACUGCAAGCCCUGCUGCACCGGCUGCCAAACGAAUUACACGGGAAAUUCCCACUCAGACUGAGGACGGGUGUCCAUCGCAGCCACAACUGACUUCGGUAGCCGUGAGUGCAGUCGCCAGCCCCACCAACGCCACCGGCACUUCAUUCAGUCCACCAAUUGCCAUUCAGCCCCUGCGACAUGUGAGCUCAGUGUCAAAGUUCAUCGCGGGCCUGGAGGCGCGUGCAAGGGCCAGCUCACUGGCGCGUUCCCGAAAUCGUCAGGCAAGGUCCUUAGCUGGUCAGAUAGAGACCUCGGGCAGUCCAAUGUCGUCCUCAUUAGAGGCUCGGCAUGAUCGCAUCCGCAAGUUAUUUGCCAGUCUGGCGGAGGUUCCAUCAACAGUUACAGCAACAUCGUCGACGGUGUCCUCGUCGUCGUCAUCAGCAACGGUGACCGCAACUACUGAAUCGUCAUGUUCCACCACCGUCUCGACCACCGCAUCGGCUCCAAGUGUUCCUGCAUUUGUCUUUGGUAAAGAACAAUCACAAAAGACGACCGAGUCAGUGGACUCUACCAGUACUGCUGGGAAGACAGCGUCAUUUUCCCCUGCUGCCGCUGCCGCGACAGCUCCCUCCUGGCCAAAGACGGAUGUGGGAUCGGCUGUCAAACCGGAACUACCUGCCUUUUCCGGACUCCCUACGGCCAGCUCUGCCGUUCAAAGCAACGGCACAACAUCAACUGCAGGCUUCACAAUUGGCAGCUGUAAGUCCAUGCCUUGUCCAUGCCAUCCAGAUUCUAAUGUUGGCCACGAUGGUCGCUUGAACGAAGAGUCGGGCAGAUCGAAUUCAUUAGAAUUUUUAUCAGUAUCGGCCCCACAGCCCACUUGCGUAGGCUGA